AUGUCGACACCGCAGCACCAGCAGCAGCAGCAUCAUCUCGAUGAUCAGGAGGAGCUCCCUUUCGAGGAACGCACCUGCUGGAUAUGCUUAGCCAGCGAGGCGGAGAAUCGUCGCGCCAUCUGGCUGCAUCCCUGCCAGUGUCGUGGCAGCACCAAAUGGGUGCACGAGAGCUGCCUCUCGCGCUGGAUCGACGAGAAGCAGAAUGGGGACACACGGAUGCGCGUCUCGUGCAUGCAAUGUCGCGUCGAAUACCUGAUCAUGUUCCCCAAGAUCAGUCGCAUCGGCAUGUUGCUCGAGAGCAUGCAGGAUCUGAUCCGACAGUGCAGUCCCUUUCUGGCUGUGAGCAUCUUCUUGAUGUCCGUCUACUGGACGGCGGUGACAUACGGUGGACUGACAGUGCUGCAAGUCUGUGGCCAUCAGCGUGGCAUGGAGCUGCUCGAAAAGGGUGAUCCGUUCUUUGUGCUGCUCGCUCUGCCCUUCAUCCCCGUUGGCCUUGUGCUGUCGCGUCUUGUGCGCUGGGAGGACGCAAUGUUGCGUUUGUGGCACAAUCGUCGCUCAGUUCUGCGCAAAUUACCGCUCAUCAAUUGGCUGUGCGGUGGCCUCGCGAAUACGACAACAACGACGACGACGACGACGUCGCUGGCAGCAUUGCCGCAUCCGCCAUUGCCUGAGGAACCGUUCGAUGUGGCACGCACCUUUUGUGGCGCCAUUCUGCUGCCGACCAUAUCGACGCUGAUGGGCGUUGUUCUGUACAGUAAGGUGCAAGUGCCGUUGCAUCGCACGCUGCUUGGCGGCAUCACGUUCAUUGGGUUGAAGGGAGCGUUCAAGAUCUAUUUGCGACAGCGGCAAUAUUUGUACCGGACGCGGCGACACAUUGUCGACUACACCGAGGAGAAUUUGCGUGUCUAUGGCGACAACUCGCAGGCGCAGGCAUUGCGUCAGAAUGCUGGCUACCAGGACGCCGAUGCUGAUGACGAGAACGAGGACGAAGAGCAGGAGCAGCUGAAUGAACUCUUAAAUGCUGACGAUGAUGUGGAGCAGGUUGAUGAACAUGAGAUGGACAUGAUUAUGUCUACCUUUGGCAGAGUCUCAAUAGCAACUCAAACUACAAACACAGCAUUUGGCACAUCCAUUGAUACGGGAACAGACACAGAUUCAGAUGAUGCAGAAGAUGUGCGAGAUCAUCUCGUUGUCACAGUGCCCGAUCGUCCCUUUUCAUUGCUCUCUUCGGAGAGAUAG